AUGUUUGAAAAAAACUUGCAUUACCUAUUCAUGAACAAAAUCACAACUGACUUGUCAAAAGAAAUUGAAUCCUCCAACAAAAAAAGAUGGCACGUAGCUUUUGCGAUUGAUGCAGUUCAACACCACCCUUUUUUCUCAGGUAUUGAUCAGUCAAGUCUAGCUAAGCUUGUCAAAGAUAAAAACUUUGACGAACUUGCUAACAUUGGAGGUGUACAAGGUGUUGCUGCUUCUCUCAAAAGUGAUACAACUAAUGGUGUAAGCGGAGAUCCAGAAGACGUUGCACGUAGACAUGAGGCUUUUGGAAGCAACACGUAUCGUAAGGCACCUACUAAGAGUUUCUUCGUGUUUGUUUGGGAAUCAUUCAAGGAUCCUACCAUCAUCAUACUUUUGCUCUGUGCUGCUCUGUCUCUUGGAUUUGGAAUUAAGGAGCAUGGACUGAAAGAAGGAUGGUAUGAUGGAGGGAGUAUUUAUGUCGCUGUGUUUCUUGUCAUUGCUGUUUCGUCUAUUAGUAAUUUCAGACAAAACAGACAGUUUGAUAAGCUUUCCAAGGUGAGCAAGAAUAUUCCAGUUGAAGCUGUUAGAAAGGGGAGGCACCAGCAGAUAUCGAUAUUUGAAAUUGUUGUUGGAGAUGUCAUUUGCUUGAAGAUUGGAGAUCAAGUCCCUGCUGAUGGGAUUUUGGUAGAAGGCCAUUCUUUACAAGUGGAUGAAUCUAGCAUGACUGGAGAGAGUGAUCAUGUAGAGAUUAACCUUACCCGAAAUCCAUUCUUGAUAUCUGGCACGAAGGUAGUCGAUGGCUAUGGCAUGAUGCUUGUGACAUCGGUUGGAAUGAACACGACCUGGGGUGAAAUGAUGAGCCAAAUCAGCAGUGAUUCUAAUGAGCAAACCCCUCUCCAAGAGCGACUCAACAAGCUUACAUCAUCGAUUAGUAAAGUUGGGUUGCUAGUUGCUUUCUUAGUUCUUGUUGUCCUAUUGGUUAGGUACUUUACUAGCACCACAAAAGAUGAGAAUGGUAAAAAAGAAUUCAAUGGGAACAAGACAUCAUCCGAUGAUGUGAUCAAUGCUGUGGUGGGAAUUGUUGCUGCUGCUGUUACCAUUGUUGUUGUCGCGAUUCCUGAAGCCUUGCCUUUAGCGGUUACACUUACUCUGGCUUAUUCCAUGAAGAGAAUGAUGGCUGAUCAGGCAAUGGUUAGGAAGNACAAAGUUUUUCUUAGGCAAACAGCACGUGAAAGCGGAAAGUCAUACAACAAUUUCAGCCAAAGUAGUGUUUUCAAGUCCACUGAUUCAUGUUCCAGCUUCGAGUUCUCAGGCAGCCCUACUGAAAAAGCUGUUCUUUUGUGGGCUGUUACGGAACUGAACAUGGAUAUGGAUCAAAUGAAAAGAAAUUUCAACAUUCUACAUGUGGAAGCUUUCAAUUCGGAGAAAAAGAAGAGCGGUGUCCUGAUCAAGAACAUUACAGAUGGCACAAUUCAUGCACAUUGGAAAGGUGCAGCUGAAAUGAUUUCAAGAAUGUGCUCCCACUACUAUGAUCUAGAAGGGAACAUAAAACCUCUCGACCAAUCAGACAAGGAAGAAUGUGAUAGGAUAAUUGAAGGAAUGGCUGCCAGUAGCCUUCGAUGCAUCGCAUUUGCUCACAAGCAAGUGAUAAAAGCUGAGCAGGAGGAUCAUGAGCAUAUUCAUGGAAAUGUUCCAGACAACUCUAUCAUUCUUUUGGGCAUUGUUGGCCUAAAAGAUCCAUGUCGACCUGGCGUGAAGAAAGCUGUGGAAGCUUGCCAAAAUGCUGGUGUGAACAUCAAGAUGAUUACUGGUGACAAUGUGUUCACUGCAAAAGCCAUAGCAACAGAAUGUGGGAUUCUCCAUCCUAAUCAGGAAGUAGAUGAAGGAGCAGUCAUAGAAGGUGAAGAAUUUCGCAACCUAACAGAUGAAGUACGGAUGGAGAGAGUGGAGAAGAUACACGUGAUGGCAAGAUCAUCCCCUUUUGACAAACUUCUAAUGGUGCAGUGCUUGAGAAAGAAAGGUCAUGUGGUCGCGGUCACAGGUGAUGGAAUGAACGAUGCCCCAGCUUUAAAGGAAGCAGAUAUAGGACUUUCUAUGGGGAUUCAUGGCACUGAAGUGGCUAAAGAGAGUUCUGAUAUUGUCAUCUUGGAUGAUAACUUUGCUUCAGUUACCACAGUUUUGAAAUGGGGAAGGUGUGUCUAUAACAACAUCCAGAAAUUCAUCCAAUUUCAGCUCACAGUAAACGUGGCUGUGCUCGUGAUCAAUUUUGUAGCAGCUAUUUCAUCUGGUGAGGUUCCACUCACAGCAGUACAAUUGCUAUGGGUAAAUUUGUUCAUGGACACAUUAGGGGCAUUAGCACUCGCGACAGAGAAGCCAACCAAGGAACUCAUGAAGAAGAAACCAGUCAGUUGGACUGCACCACUUAUCACCAAUGUUAUGUGGAGGAAUCUAAUGGCUCAGGCCUUAUAUCAGAUUGCCGUUUUAUUGACGUUACAAUUCAAAGGAGAGUCAAUCUUCGGUGUCAACAAGAAGGUAAACGAUACAUUGAUUUUCAAUACGUUUGUUCUUUGUCAAGUGUUCAAUGAAUUCAACUCGCGAAACCUGGAGAAGAAGAAUGUCUUUAAGGGAAUACACAAGAACAAGUUGUUCAUGGCGAUCAUCGGAAUAACAUUGGUUCUCCAAGUGGUGAUAGUGGAGUUUCUGAAGAAGUUUGCAAAUACAGAGAGGCUGAAUUGGGGGCAAUGGGGAAUUUGCAUUGGAUUUGCAGCUGCAUCUUGGCCAAUUGGUUGUCUUGUCAAGUGCAUAAAUGUCCCAGAGAGACCAUUCUUUAGUUAUCUAAGGUUGAAUUACUUGAAAGCCUUGUUUAAAUGAGUAGAUUUAAGUGUUAUCUAUGUUUUUUGCAUAAGCUAGUUAGUAUCUGUUUUGAUUAAUUGAUUUAUGUUACAUUCCAUUAGUUAUAUUAAAAACCAUAGUGUACUUUGUUUAUG